AUGAAUGACAAGGCAAUAGCGGCGACAUCAAUAUUGACUAGAAGGUCGUUAUCACAUUUAGCAACAAUUAUACUGAAGCCAUUCACUCAACAGUGUAUGAAAUGUAAUCAGAAGUUGAUACCAACAUUCAAACAAUCGGUUACGUUUCUAACGUCUUACACUGGCUUUCGCAAUUAUGCCGAAUGCUAUAACAAUCGGUUAAAACGUUUACAACAACAAGAACUCCAAUUGUAUGAGACAAUAAUUCAAGAUGACCAUCCAUUAGAUCGAAGACAAUUGCAACGCGAUUGGUUUAUCUAUGAAUGUAGUCUGUAUUCAUUUUUCAUGAAACAAUCAGAUUAUUUUAUAAUACCAUCGACAUUAAAUGACGUUCACGUAACAAAUUUCUAUGAAAAAAAUUUUAGUUGGUGGUAUGAAGCGUUUGUCAUGUUUUGGUCUACACACCACAACAAUAUUAAAUGUUUGAGAACAUCAGAAAAGCAAUCCGAUGAUGAUCAAGGUCGCGGACAAGCUUUUGUCACGGACGGUUUUCAAAAAAGCGACCGGCAUAUUUGUUCAAAUAAGAAUAAAUUUAUAUCGACGAGGAAAUUUCCUGAACUACACUUCGGAUGUGGUCGAACGCCAUCAAGAAUCCCAAAUAGAAAAGCAAACAAUGGCGAACAAGCGCUAUAUUGUGAUACGUGUAAAGGUGAAUUAUUAGUUUCGGAUGAAAUGUGUAAAAACUCAAAUGCUGAUGAGUCAAAAGGUAUUUUUAGUGGGUGUAACGUACGUCGAAUUGACCGUUUUGUUGGAAAAACGAGAAAAACAUCCAGUGGAAUUAUAUAUACGUGUAGUCCAUGCGGUAUUGUGUUGGCUUUCGACGAACUAUUCCGUUCAGAACAAGUAUUUAUUUGUCUCUGGCAUUGGUUCAAAUUAUUGGAUUGUGUUCAACAAUUCUACGAUGAUACAUUAAUAUCAAAAUGCUUUAUAUAUGAUAACGCGUGCUCAGUGUAUUUAUAUUUACAUAAAAAUUAUGGAAAAUUAAUCAAGAAAACCAAUGAAAGUCAAUUUGUAUUCAACCGUUCUUAUGAUGUAUCCAAAAAAAAGAGAGAAGUUAUUAAAAAACCACAGCUCAAUUUUACAGAUAAAGUGAAUAACAAUGAAACAACUCCAUUUAUACCAAGGAUAAAAUUAAAACUAAAUGCUAUCAGUCCUUUAUCAGAAAUCCAGGCAUCUAAAUUAACGCUUGAACAAAUACAAUUACGUACACCACAGGUACCGAAAUCUCUAGAUGAUACAAAAUAUGUUUAUGUUGAUUGUAAAGUCGAAUUAAAUAAAAUGCUGGAUCAUAUUAAAUUACAACGAGAAUUAGCAAUCGAUUUAGAAGCACAUCAACUUCGUUCAUAUUAUGGCUUCACGUGCCUUAUACAAAUGUCAUCACGAACAAAUGAUUAUCUGGUCGAUGCAUUAGCAUUAAGAGAUGAACUUCAUGUUUUAAACAAUGUUUUCACCGAUCCAAGUAUAGUUAAAGUAUUGCAUACAUCCGAUAUUGACAUUGAAUGGUUACAAAGAGAUUUUGCUGUCUAUAUCGUAAACUUAUUCGAUACUUUUUAUGCAGCAAAACAAUUAAAUUUACCACCAUUACCAGAUGAUUUUAUCCAUUAUACCCGUUGUAAUACACAUUAUUUACUAUACAUUCAUGAUAUUCUUCGAAAUCUUUUAUUAGAAUCAUGUCAAAAUAACCCAUUACAUUUACAGCAAGUUUAUGAUCGAUCUCGUCAAGUCUGUCAAAAGACAUAUCGUCAUCGUUCAUUUGAUCCAAAAGCAGUAAAAAAAUUAAAACUUAGUCCAGUUGACGAUCAAAAAGCGAUUCUUGGUGCUCUUUAUCUUUUGAGAGAUGAUAUUGCGAGACGAGAAGAUGAAUCAAAUGGAUUUGUGACGGAUGCUGAUGGAUAUAUAGACAGAAUUUUGGAUAUCAUUACUACCGGUGGACAAUCGUACAGUGGAAGUACUCGUGUGCUUUGGGGCUUAGCUGCUGCAUGCCCCGAGGAAAACACCAGGGAUUCAACACCGGAAUUGGUUAUUGAGAUAUCCAGUGAUGUAUUACAAGAAUUGAAAGAAAGAAUAACAUUGAGAAAACUGGUGAAAAAAAUGUAUAAAAUGGAAAAAUUAUGUGGAAUACCAACAACAAGCGAACGAUUAAAACGAUUAAUCGAUUAUAAACAACAACAAGAAGGUGAUGAACAAAUAGAAUAUGAACAUGAUACUAAACAAUAUGACAAUACUCGAUUAAGAAAUCAUGUGGCAAGAAGAACAGCAAUUGGAGCAAAACACACUGGCGCACAUCGAAUUGGAUAUGCAAGUGAGCGUCGUAAACAACGUCAAGCUGAACGCCGUAAACAGCGUAAAUGUGAUUAACCGACGUUUGAGCGCCCGACAUCUGAGCGGCCGACAUUUGAGCGACCCCGACAUUUGAGCGACCGACACUUGAGCGCCCCGACAUUUGAGCGACCGACAUUUGAGUAAUAACGACCGUUCAGCACCAAGUGCCUACUCUCACCCUCACCCCCACCCACCCUUACCCUACACAGCCUCACCCUCAGACCUCCAAAUAAUUCAGUUCAUAAUCGGACGACAAAAAAAUUGUUCUGAUCAUCGUUAUCGAAGUGAAUAAUCAUUCGACUUUCCUGAUCGGCAAAAAGUC